UCUGCACCAUCAUCAUCAUCCCUUAGUCACACUACAUCAACAAGUUCUUCAUCCUUGCCUCCAUCAAAAACAAGUGAAUCCCUAACCCAUGCCACCAUCUCAACAUCUGUGCCCAUGACUAAAGCAGCCGGAUCUCAUGCCCCAACAAUUGCAACAGCUGCUACAAGUACUGCAAACAUCAUUUCAGCUUCUGCACCAUCAUCAUCAUCCCUUAGUCACACUACAUCAACAAGUUCUUCAUCCUUGCCUCCAUCAAAAACAAGUGAAUCCCUAACCCAUGCCACCAUCUCAACAUCUGUGCCCAUGACUAAAGCAGCCGGAUCUCAUGCCCCAACAAUUGCAACAGCUGCUACAAGUACUGCAAACAUCAUUUCAGCUUCUGCACCAUCAUCAUCAUCAUCAUCCAUCAAAGUGACAAUGCCUCCAUCAAAAACAAGUGAAUACCUAACUCAUGUCACUCUAUCAACAUCUGUGCCUAAAACUUCAGCAGUUGGAUCUCUUACCUCAACAACUGCAACAGCUGCUACAAGUACUGCAAACAUUUUCCCAGUCUCUGCAUCAUCUUUAUCCCCUACUCAAACUGCUUCAACCUCUUCAGCCUUUCCUCCAUCAAAGAAAAGUGAAUACUCAGCCCAUUCCAUCGUCUCAACAUCUGUGUCUGAAAUUACAGCAGCUGGAUCUAAUACAUCAUCCACACUUGCAACAGCUGCUAAAAGUACUUCAAACAUUUUCCCAGUAUCUGCAUCAUCAUCAUCAUCUUCAUCUCCUACUCAAACUGCACCAACAAGCUCUUCAGUCUCUCCUGCAGCACGGGCAAGUCAAUCCCUAACACAUACCACGUUCUUGACAUCUGUGUCUGAAAUACCAGAUCCUGGAUCUAUUACAACAUCAACAACAUCUAUAACAGCAGCUAAAAGUACUGAAAACAUUUUUCCAUUUUCUUCAGCCACACCUCCAUCAAUGACAAGUGAAUCCCUAACCCAGGCUACUGUUUUGCCGUCUAUAUAUAUAACUCCAGCAGCUGGAUCACACACAACAUCGACAUCUGCAACAUUUGGUACUGGUACAACACUCAUUAUCCCUUCAAUUUCUGCAUCAUCUUCAUCCACUGGUCAAAAUACAUCAAUAAGCUCUUCUGCUUCUCCUCCAUCAAAAUCCAGUGAAGCCCUGACUCAUACCACCAUGUUGACAUUUGCAUCUACAAGUACAGCAGCUCAAUCUAGUACAAUAUCAAUGACAAUUGAGAAAACAACUACUAGUACUGCACAAACAAUUCCAACAACAAGUCCAUCACCCUUUGUUGCUAUAUCUGCCCCACCAAACUCCACCAUGACAAAAUCAACUCCUUCAUCCUCUACAUCAUCAAUUCCGUUAACUUCAGCUUCUACCAAAACAAUACCAUCUUCAGGUUCAACCACAAUUACUGCACCCCCAGGACCCACCAUAGCAUUAUCUAUAAACACAUCUUCUGCUACUUUAUCUCCCCUACCAGGUUCUACCAUGACAAAAUUUACAACUUCAUACUCUAAAACAAUAAAUACCACUGUAACCUCAAAAAGAAAUCUACAAACAUUCAUUCUAUCAACUAAAAUUAGUAUACUACCCAAAUCUAACACAACAAUACCAUCAUCUUCUAUUACUUCAACUGCCCCACCAGAAUCUACCUUGACAAAAUCUCCAUCUUCUACAUCAUCAAUUUAUUUAUCCUCAGCUUUUACAAGUCCAAUAUCUUCAGCCUCAACCACAAACAUGACACCCCCAGAACCUACCACAACAGUGCCUAUAAAUGUAUCUUCUGAUCCUAUAACUCCCCUACCAGAUGUUAGCUUGAGAAAAUCUACAACUUCAUCUCUUAAAUCAAUGCCAUUAACUGUAACAUCACCUAGAAAUAGCCCAAUGUCUACUUCAUCAAUUACUACAUCUGCCCUACUAGGCUCUACCUCAGCAAAAUCUACUUAUUCAAUAUCUACAUCAUCAAUUUCUUUAUCCUCAGCUUCUACAGCAACAAGUCCAACAUCUUCAGCCUCAACCACUAACAUGACACCUCCAGAACUUACCAUAACAGUGCCUAUAAAUGUAUCUUCUGAUCCUAUGUCUCCCCUUUCAGAUUUAACCUUAGCAAAAUCUACAAAGCCAUCCUCUAAAACAGUACCUGUAACUUCUACUAGAAAUGUAUUGAUAUUUACUUCAUCAACCACAAUCACAACCCCAACAGAAUCAACCUCAGCAUCAACCUCAGCAGGACCAUUACCUUCUAUUACUACAUCUGCCCCACCAGAUUCUAACUCAACAAAAUUUACUCCUUCAUUGUCUGCAUCAUCAGUUCAUUUAUACUCAACUCCCACAACAAUACUGACGUCUUCAGCCUCAACCACCAACAUGGCACCCCCAGAUCCUACUACAACAGUACAUAUAGCAUCUUCUAUCACUAUAUCUCCCCUUCCACAUGUUACUUCUAGCACAAUGCCUGCAACCUCUACCAGAAAUAUACCAAUAUCUACUCCAUCAACCGCAAUCGCUACAGUAGUAGAAUCUACUUCAACUAGACCAUUACCCUCUAAUACUACAUCUGCCCCACUAGUCUCUACCGUGAUAAAAUAUACUCCUUCAUUCUCAGCUUCUCCCAAAACAAGACCAACAUCUUUAGCCUCUACUGCAAUCAUUGCACCCCCAGACUCUACCAAAGCAAUGCUUCUAACAUCAUCCUUUGUCACUCCACGUACAGCACCGGACUCUGCCUCAAUAAUAUCUACACUUUCCUCCUCUACACCAAUGCCUGUAACUUCAACAUCUCUCCCAAACUUACCAACAUCAACCACAAUACCUUCCAUUUUAGUUCCAGUGACAUCAAUACCUAUAACUUCUUCCUCUAUCACAAUUUCUCCUCUUUCAUCCUACACCACAAUAAUAUUUUCACCUUCAUCUCCCUCAAACAACUCAUUAACUUCAAACAACUCAUUAGCCCCUUCUGGGUUACUUUCAACUUCAGUCCCUUCCAUAGCAAUUCAUAGGAGUUCAUCCUCUAUUACAGUAUCAACCCCACAUGACUCAAUCACAACAACAUCUACACCUUCAUCCAUUACAACUCCUGUAACAUCAUUGUUUACCAUGACAGUUCCAACACAAUCAUCCUCAAUAAAAAUGCAUUCAACCUCAAGCGCAACUUCAUCACCUGUCACAAUUGCUACUACUCCAUCCUUUAUGAAAACAACUGUAACAUCAAUUUCUGCUAAACCAAUAUCAAUUCCUUUAAAAGAUAACCAUAUGACAUCAGCAAGUUCAGCAAGUUUUGAAAAUGGUACUAUUCCCAAGACUGUUUCUUCAAAUACAACUGUAAUGCCUACCAAUAUGACUGAAGCAACCUCAGGACCAAGCAUAGGAUAUCUUACAUCAUCAUAUUCCCAAGAAUCAACUACACCAAUCCCUUCCCCUUCUUUCAAGGAAACCAUAAUCUUUUUUGCUCAUGCACCAAAACUCCAAAUCAUUAAGCCUAUUACAUUCUCUUACCCUGUUGUGUCACGUGCCACUAUCACAGUACCUCCUUCCAAAGUAGGCAGUUAUCACAGGGCAGGCAUUUUUUCCAUGGGAUGCAACAAGACAUGUGGCACACUGCCGCUGAAGAUGCAAGUCGAAGGGGUUUUCCAACCCUCAUACCUUGAUCCCAACAGUCCCGUCUACAUCGACUUAACCAAGAAUGUCACAGAGGAGGUGAGCAUAGCCUUUCGUCUGAAAUAUCCCAACACAUUCAUUGGCUGCGGAGUUAACAGAUUCUGGAAUGGAUCAGUGGGCAUUGAUAUGACUCUUGUGUUCAAAAAUACGACUGUCGUGCCCAGUGGCGCUGAUGCAGAAUCCACACUGGAACAAGCCCUGCAUCUGGGCCAGUGUGCACUACAAGUUAUAUCUGGCAGCAUUGUUGCAGGUGAAACAAGUGGAAGCAUUACCACCACAAGACAGGCUAUUGAUGUUUCCCAUACUUCAAAACAUGAGACUUUUCAUCCUGGGGUUUCACAACAACCUAUCAGAUUGGGUACACUCUCGUGAGUGUAUUUGCACAGUUCACAGGAAGGGUGAUAAAACAUUUGGACCCAAUAGCAUACCAUUUCAAAAACUGAACGUUACACAACACAAUAAAGGCUGCCUUGGUUUCAGUUUCCACUUCAAUUUUUUGUAGGGGUAGAGGGCACAGUUACAGACAUUUACACCUAGACAGAGGUGCCCCAGAUUCUGUACACAAUAUGUAAUAUAUAGUUCAAAUGUUUCUUGUUCCCAAUUGUUAUAUAAGACUUUAUUUUCUCUUACUUCCCGUAAAUGUACCCUGACCCUGAUGCCAUGUAUUUGUAUUCUCUCAUAUUUAUGCCAAAAAAGUUUUAUUUUAUUUCAUUUUCUUUUAUUCCUCACUGCUGCUUUUGUUAUACCUCAUGACAUCAAAUAAACGCACUGUUCCUACUUUUCAUUCAUCUUUCAUGCAUACUAACAUAAAUACAACCCAGUUUUAAAAAAAACGCACCAACACCACAUAUGAGCGGGCGGAGGGAAGCGUGGGGUCUUUUCACACCCCCGUUCUCUGUUCGCCAUCUGGAGCCGGGGGCUGGGGGGGGGCUGGCCGUCCGGUCGGGGUCUGAGCUGGUGGGCUUCUCGGCUGCGGUGGGGUCCGGGGUGGUCUUCUUGUCCCCAUGCCAGAGGAAAAAAGGGAUCCAUCUCUGGGGUCUGGUGUUGGAUUGCCCCUCUGGGGGUGGUGGUGCCUGGAUCUCGGAGUAUAGAGUAUAUAUGGGGAGUGUGAGUGU